AUGGCGCCACGGCCGUCAGGAGCGCGACGGAGUCUGUUCCCCGAGCCAGAACAUGUCUACGAGUUGGGAGUUGCUGGCCGCAAGACUGGCGUCACCCUGAAAGACUCGGGCAUCCGCGACGAACAUGGCAUGCAACCACUCGAAGACCUCUUCUCCUCUCCCCAUAAGCCCACCGAGGACCGCGAUGAAGCCGAAGCCGAGGACGAAGAAGAUGGUGGCGCCUCGGAAGAUGGCAGGGCAGAUAGCGAGGACAUGGACAUCACCACGACCUCCGGAAUCGCCCCAGCCGCUCUCCUCAAUGGCAUUGCUAGCCGGCUCCCUGCCCCAGUCAACCGCACCAACCGAUCACCUGUCAAGGUUGUCGUCAACUCGCCCGCGCGGAACCGUCUAAUGGCGCGCAGCUCAUCGCCCACUCGCGGAUCCCUUGGCGCCAACAAGGAAAACUACGACCGCGGUUCCUCUUCCCAGCCGGCCGAAGAUAUUAACACUGCUAGGCGGAGACUGAACUUUGAGGCUCUCAAGGCUGGUGGACGCUCCCUGUCUCAACCGACUACGACGAACGGCAGCAAUGGGUUGAACGGAUACCAUGACGAAGAGGAGGAAGAUGAAACCGAGAACUCUCCGGUACCUGAUGAGACUGAUGCCUUUAUUGAGGAGUCUAUGGCCAUGUUGGAGGACGAUGGAGAGGUUGAGGAAGAACAGUCCGUCGAACAGGAAGAGGACGAACCAGAGGCAAGCCCAGAAGUUGUGUCUGCGCCCGCGGCCAAGAAGAAGCCUGAAAGGAAACCCAAGGCCAAGGAACCCUCACCAGCACCCGCGCCGGCAAAGCGUGGACGGAAAGCUGUUGCGCCCGCGGUAGAGGAGCAGGAGCAGGAAGAACAAGAAGAAGGAGAAGAAGCACGGGAAGAACCAGAAGAGGUCGCGCCCAUGGCUACUGCUAAGCGAGGAAGGGGAGCCAAGGGCAAAGGCGCAGCCGUGGAAGAACCAGCAGCACCCGCAGCCAAACCAGGCAGGAAACGGCGCACCGUGGAAGAACCCGCUACCGAUACCGAAGAUUCCUCCGCCAGCCGCCAAUCCAAGCGCCAACGUACCACCGAGACCGCACCAGCACCCGUCACCAAGGACAGAGGAAGGCCAAAGAAGUCGCUCACUCCAGCACCAGAACAAGAAGUCGAGGAGCCAGAACCAGAACGAGUUGCUCAAGCCGGUCCCUCGCGAUCCAAGGCAGCAGCCAAAGGAAAGGGUAGAGCCCCAACCCCGGCCGCCGAACCCGUCAACGCGAAGGCCACCAAAGCAACGAAACAAAAGGGUGGUCGCAAGCGCCAACCCUCUCCUCCCCCCGCCGCCGAUGCGGAUAUCUCCAUCGCCAUCCCCCGCGGCCCUCCCCUGCCCAAGUCGCGUGGCCUCGUCAUCAACCGCCGCGAAGUCCCAGGCGACAGCAACGCCAUCAUCCGCACCCGCUCCGGCCGGCACUCCUUCAAGCCCCUGGCCUACUGGCGCAACGAGCACGUCGACUACGAAUACGAAGAAGACGAGUUCGUUGUCGACCACGCUCCCAAGUCUUCCCAGACCGGGUCCAAGGAGGUGCGCAAACGGAAGUUCGUCCUGCCCACCAUCAAAGAAGUCGUUCGCGUGGAAGAAGAAGUCGUCAAUUUCUCUCGCGGUGGUGGCCGUGGUCGUGGCAGCACCAAGCGCGCCGCCGGCAGCAACAACGCUGCUGCUGCUUCCGGUCGCCGCGCCCAACAACAACAACAACAAAAAGACGAAGAUCCAUCCCCGCCCGAACCAUGGGAACUCAACCCCGGCAUUUUGGGAGGUGACGUGGUAACCUGGUACCCGCAGCACGAGUUCCACCCUCCCGCACUAGACGACGAGGUCGAAGUCCAGGAGAAACAGCUGGCUAUUUCGGGGAGAGCGAUUCGCACCCAAAAAGUCAAGGACGCCGCGUUCCGGUAUGCGAAAACGGUCAAUGAGGGGUUCUUUGGUGCGGGCGUGGUGGAUUUACCACCAGGAGCGGUCAAGAGACCAAAGAACUCGCGCAAGAUGUUCAUGACGUUUUUUGUGUAUACCGGGCGCGUGUUGGUGACGGUUAAUGAGUCGGUUUUCAGGAUAGGCAAGGGGGGGAUGUGGUUUGUGCCGAGGGGUAACUACUACUCAAUCGAAAACGACUACGACACACCUGCUCGCGUCUUCUUCUCGCAAGGGUGCGAGGUGCAGGUUAGACCGUCUGAGGAGGGCGGCGAGGAGGGGACUGGGACUGGGACUGGGUCUGGGAUUGGGACUGGGACUGGGGCAGAGAACUCCAUGAUAAUGGAUACCUCUGCUGUUGGUGCAUCUUAUUCUUCUGCUUGA